GGUAAAACGACAUUAGUAGGCCUACCUAAACAACUAUUCACAGUUUUAAACGGAGCUACACUUAGCAAACACCUUUGAAACGCACAUUGGAAUUUACACAGGGAAAUGCAGACACAAACAUCAGUUUUAUUUUGAAGGCUAAAUUAUUCCAGUCCGCACUUCCAGUUUCGUUUCUGAAACUGCCUGCCUGGCAUCGUAUCUAUAUAUGCCGACUGUAAAGCUGCUCACCAUCAUCAACUAUCUUGAAGAUAAGACACCAAAGUGAGAAAACGUCAAAGGUUCAUUCAGCCUCCUUUACAUACUUCAGCAGACCAGCUGUGCACUAUGAACUCCAUGUUAACCAAUAGCCAGCAGAAAACUAUCUGCUCCCAGCUGGGAAGAGUCAAACUCCAGCUGCUGUACAAGGCCAGCAUCCAUGGUUUCACCGGUGCAGCCUUUCACCAACGAUGUGACACCCGCUGUCCCACAGUGUCUGUGGGCUACAACGCCUCUGGUUAUGUGUUUGGAGGCUACACCAAACAACCUUUCAGUCAGUCUGGACAGUAUGUGCACGAUGACCAGGCCUUUCUUUUCACCUUCAGUGGAGAAAAGCUCCUCAAGUAUCCGGUCACCGGUCCUGCUAACGCAGUGAGAAUGAUAGCUAACUCUGGUCCAUAUUUUGGAGAAACAUUAAUUCUUGUCUAUGGAAGCCAAGCAGUAGUCUAUAACAAUCCAGAAAAUGAUUACAACUUCAAUGCUGCAGAAAUGCAUGGCAAUGACCUCAAACUGACUGAGUGUGAAGUCUAUGAAGUUUCUAUAAAGGAAACCACCGAACUUGAGCGUCCAUGGAGAACUAUCACCUGGGAAUCUGAGAAGAAGAAGGAGCUGAUGGAGACUAUUAAGACGUACAAACCCACAGUCAGCUCUGUGCCCCAGGCUCGGGUUCUGCUCAUUGGACCAGUUGGAGCUGGAAAGUCCAGCUUCUUCAAUUCUAUCAACUCUGUAUUCAGAGGCCACGUCACCAGCCAGGCCAUCGCUGGCAGCUCUACCACCAGUCUCACCACAAAGUUUCGUACCUACUCAAUGAAAGCUGGCCGAGACGGAAAACUUUUGCCAAUCAUCUUGUGUGAUACCAUGGGAUUGGAGGAAAGCACAGGGGCGGGGCUUGAUAUAGAUGACAUCAGCAGCAUCCUUAAAGGUCAUCUGCCAGACCGUUAUCAGUUCAACCCCUCUGCUCCUCUGCAUUCGGAGACCAGCGGCUAUCGUAAGUCUCCAGGGCUUAAGGACAAGAUCCACUGUGUGGCCUAUAUCACUGACGCCUGCAAGGUCUCCAUCAUGCCCACAAAGCUGGAGGAGAAGCUGAAUGCUAUCCGCAGAAAAGUCAACUUAAUGGGGAUUCCUCAGCUGGUCCUGGUUACUAAAGUAGAUGAAGCCUGCCCUUUGGUGACAGAAGACGUGAGGAACAUUUACAAGAGUGGCUACAUCAAGGAAAUUAUGCAGGAGGUCAGCGCCCGGCUCGGUGUGCCACUGUCCUGUGUUGUUCCGGUGAAGAACUACAGCGAGGAGUUGGAGUUGGACCCGAACAGUGACAUCCUGCUGCUCAGCGCCAUCAUCCAGAUGCUUCGCUUCACAGAUAAUUACUUUGAUGAGAUCAGUGACCAAUUCAGCAACAUUGAAGUCAAAGAAUAGGAAGUAUUAGUGCAGCAUAUCUUUAUAUCCUGUCCAACUGGAAUGAAAUGUCUCUCAAAAUGAUCUAUCCAUGCAUCCAUCCAUUUACCGGCAGGUGAUCCUGCCUAAUGCUAGUUCACUGCGCACUUCCUCCUCUGAGUUUUCCAAGCACCCCUUGGAAUGAUGGGAGAUGUAGUGCCUCUAGUAUUUCCUGGAACUGUGCAGCACCUCCAGUUUGUGGCUCCAGAAACUCAGUGAGCUGAUCCUUAAUUUGAUUGUCUCUUAGCUGCACAAUAUCCAUUUUCUUUCUCAUUUGGUUUUAAAUAAUUUAUGUUUGAAAAUUAUUAUUAUAUAAUAAAAGGUGAUUUGAAUUUUUUUCAUUAGAGGUCUAAAGAAAUAUUAUUAUUAUUAUAUUAUAUAUUGUUGGCUCAUUUAGUGGGACAUUUAAUUACAAGUUAAGAAGUUUGACAAGCCAACACAGAUUAUUGAAUGACAUACAGAAUAUGUGGAUUGAAACUGACGUCAUCAAGACACUGGUGCCAGCAUGUGUUUUCGAUGUAAAUAAUUCUUCUGAAUGUUGCUGCAAGAAGUUGGACGCAAUCCUAAUGAAUUAAUCAUUAACAACUUGGUAAAUGCAUAUACAGGCCAAAAUAAUACUGGUUACUGUGUUCAGAACCAUUAGACUAAUGAAGAAAUGUAUUCACUGUUUCAUUGUGAAAGACCGGCAGUGAACUGAACAGAACUGCCUGGCCUGUUAAGUUCACUACAUUCUCCCAGUCUCCCACGAUGAAACCGUGAAUAUAUUGCAUUCGGCAGGGUGUUAAUUCUCUCUUUAUUAAUAAGGAUUGCUGAUACUAGAUUUCGUUCUGACUCCCACUUCUUGCAGCAACAUCCGUAUGGAUAAAUCACAUCGAAAACGCAAGAUGGGGUCAGUGCCUUGAUGACAUCAGAUUUUAUUCUAUAUAUUCAAUAUGUCUUCUAUUUUUUGACUGUCUUUCUAUAUAUUCAAACUUUCACUGUAUAUAUUCCGACUUUCAUUCCGUUUUUUUAGUUUUGGUGUUACGUUAUAUGUUGUUUCAGCACUCCUUGCAAGUUUUGACUGCUGCAGUAGGUGCACACACUGUGCUGUUCAAUGCAAUGCAAAAUCAACAGUUCAAAUAGUCAGUCAUGGAUAAUUGAAAUAGACCACUUGGGUUUAAUUCAGUUUCAGUUAUACACUCUGGGUUUUGGUGUUUUGACAUACCUUACAUGUAUUUACACAAAUUAAGUUGCAUCCAAGUUUACAAAUUAGAAAUUUUGUCACAGAAAUACAUUUUAUUUUGUAUGUUUUUUACUGUUGCUCAGUGAGUCCAUACAAUGGGUAGGCAAUAUAAUUUGCACUGCACAUACCUUUCAAUUGGACUUGUUUUUAUAAUUUUUCAGUUUUGGUUUUCUAACUUCCUUAUUAGUAUUUGAUGUUUUUUGUCAGGAAAUAACUUCCUAGUUUCUCAGAUGUUUGCAUUGGCAAAAAAAAGUAAUUAAUCACGUUUAUUGUUACGUUGCAUGCUAUGUAUUAAGUUUGUUCUUUGUAAACACACUCAGUGACAAUAAAAGCUCUUGCUGACCAGA